ACUUUGUAACUUUCCCAUUGAUUAGUCGAUUAUUUGUGGCUCGAUCGCCUUGUGAGGUAGGUACCAGCACUCGGAUUGAACCACAUAAAUCUUUUGUCCUCUUUAUUAUUCCUUGAUUUAUUUCUCUGGUAACUUCGUUAUCUCUCGCUCUUGACUUUAUUGCAAAGAUCCGGUCAGCUUUCGCAUUCUACUUGACAACAUUUAUGUUGCAGGGAAAUUGAAAGCUAGGAGCUUCGAGAAGAAAGUUGCUAUUGGUGCAUCAAUCAGUGCAUUUGGUGUCGCUAUUAUAGUCCUAGCCUAUCUUUGUCAACAGAAAAUAUCCAAGCAGAAAUCCAUGAUCACAGGGAGCAGAAAGAUGAAAAAGAGUCAUAAAUGUGAGGUCUUUUUCGAAAAUCGUGGAAUUUUAGUAACGAGAAGAUAUUCAUAUGCUGACAUUAAGAGAAUGACCAACUCAUUCAAAGAAAAACUAGGCCAAGGAGGCUAUGGUUGUGUGUACAAAGGGAAGCUCCCAAAUGGUCAUCUCGUGGCAGUGAAAAUCCUAACCAAGCUGAAAGGAGAUGGUGAAGACUUCAUCAAUGAGGUAAACAGCAUGAGCAGAACUUCCCAUGUCAACAUUGUUACUCUGCUAGGUUUCUGCUUUCACAAAACCAAAAGGGCUCUCGUCUAUGAGUACAUGCCCAAUGGAUCUCUGGAGAAACUCAUAUACGAAGAGAACUACAGCAAGGUAGGUUGCCGCCACCUCGGAUGGGACACCUUGUACCAAAUCUCCCUAGGCAUAGCUCAAGGGCUCGAAUACUUGCACCAAGGCUGCAACUCAAGAAUAUUACACUUCGACAUAAAGCCGCACAACAUCCUUCUCGAUGAAAACUACUGCCCCAAGAUUUCCGACUUUGGCCUUGCGAAGAUAUGCCAUCGAGAGGAGAGCACGAUCUCACUAUUCGGUGCGCGAGGGACUGCGGGGUUUAUCGCGCCAGAAGUGUUUUGCAGGAACAUCGGAGGAAUAUCCCAAAAAUCAGAUGUGUACAGCUUUGGGAUGACAGUGCUUGAAAUGGUUGGUGGGAGGAAAAAUGUAGUGACCGGAGCAGAGAGAACCAGUGAAAUAUACUUCCCGCAUUGGAUUCACAAGCGUCUUGAACUUCAAGAAGAGUUUGGACUGCAGAAUGUCACAAGCGAAGGAGACAAAGAGAAAGCAAGGAAGAUGAUAAUAGUGAGCUUGUGGUGCAUACAGACUAAUCCUUCAAUUAGGCCAACAAUGAGCGAGGUGGUGGAUAUGCUAAGAGGCAGUGUUGACUGCUUGCUAGUUCCUCCCAAGCCCUAUCUGUCUUCUCCAUCAAGAUCAUCACCAACCACUUCAAUGUCCAUGGCUGUGUGAAAUUUAAGUUUGUACUGUAAGCACAUCUAGGCUUUCAAUACAACGAGCAACUUGUGUAC